CUCCCCUCCCUUGCCGGUCCUCGGUCCACAACAUGCUUCUGCUCGAAGCCAUAACCUCCACAUGUCCGAGUCUUUCUUCCGUUUCUUCGUUACUUAAGACAAGACAUGUACUUGUUCGAAGACACCAUUUUCGAGCGGUUGUUGGACGCUCUGAAGGUGGGAGAUAGGGUUGUUGUGACCUCACAUCUCUUCUACGAAUUUAAAACUAACUCAGAAAGAGUAGCUCUUGCAUAUCAACUGCUGGAGGAAGAAAACCUUCUACCCAGCCUGGAAAAUACCAGUGAAAAAUCUCAAAAACUUGCCACAGAUUUAAGAAAUGAAGGUAAUAAAGCAUUCCAACAAAGAAAAGAUCUCCUUGCUAUGCAGUACUACAAUCGCAGUUUAGCUGCUGCGCCACUGAAAUCCAAAGAACUUUCGUUGGCCAUUGGCAAUCGCUCUGCUGUAAACUGGGCUCUAGGCUUUUAUCAAGCCUGCCUAUGUGAUAUCAAGCAGGCAUUCCAGAGUGGGUACCCCGAAGAGCUUCGAUUUAAACUCUUAGAAAGAAAAAUGAAAUGCUGUCUACAGCUUGGCAUGAAAAUUGAUGCCGAAUCUACUCUGAAGGAGCUGGAGACCCAAUUAAGAAGAGUACCUUCAGGGAAACAAGUACAACAUGGAUCGAUCUUGAAGUCAUUGACUCAAGAACUUGACAUUCUCCAAAACACCCCAGCAUUGGACUGCGUCAAUACCAUAAAUUCAACUGCUGUAGGAUGUAUUACCAAGCCAACUGUUUCUCUUAAAAUCAAUGAAGAGAUUGAGUGUGCGUCGAGUUGCAUAGCACUAAAAUAUUCAGAGGAAAAAGGGAGACACUUGGUUGCAACUAAAUACAUCAAGCCAGGCGAGGUGCUUAUUGUUGAGCAGCCAUUUGCAUCGGUCCUUUUACCUGAUUCUAUGGCUUCUCACUGUUUCAACUGUUUUGCAAGAUGUUUGUCUCCAGUGCCAUGUUUACAGUGCUCCCAGGUCAUAUUUUGUAACGAGAAGUGUCGUUUAGAUGGCUGGGAGAGAUUUCAUUCUGUUGAUUGCUCUCUAUUACCAAUCAUAUCAAAGAGAGUGGGUAAAAUGGGCCUCCUUGCUUUAAGGGUGCUUCUAAUUGCAUCUCAGAAGGGAAAAAAUCUCCAACAGUUCUUUGAAGAUGUAGAAAAUCAAGAUGAAUCUCCAGAUGUGAGAACACGGGGUUUUAAUCAGAAUGGACGUUAUGUUUCCACUGAGUAUUGGCCAAUUCAUUAUCUUAUUGGACACUCUGACCGUCGUUCAAAUGCAGAUCUAUUUAGACGAUCUGUAACUGCUGCCUGUUUGCUACAUUGUUUAGAAGUUUUUUCAGAUUUCUUUGGCAGUAACUUUGAUGACGAUUUGUAUUAUUUCUGCGGAGGAAUUCUGUUACAGCAACUUCAAAGCCUUCCUUGCAAUGCCCAUGAAGUGUCUGAAAUGAUUGUUAAUGGGGGCUCAUUUGAAAGCCAAGAAAUAGGUGCAGCAGGAUAUGCAACAUUAAGUCUGCUAAAUCAUUCAUGUGAUCCAAAUGUUGUGCGCCAUAGCUAUGGUGAUUGGGCUGUGCUACGUGCAAUUCGGCCGAUUCAACAGGGUGAGGAUAUUUUAGAUAAUUAUGGAUACCACCAUGCCCUGCAUUCUGUUGAUUAUCGCCAGAAUCAGCUGUCUCAGCAAUAUUUCUUUCAUUGUUUAUGUGAAGCUUGUCAAGGUUCUUGGCCUUUUUAUAAAGAGCAGCCCAUUUCAAAUCCUGUGUUCAAAUGUCAGCAAUGUGGUACUUCUAUUAAGAGAGAUAUAGAAAUAUCAGCAAAAAUACAAUGUACAUGUGGUGCUGUCAAUGAUAUAGAACUAAUGGAAAAUGAAUUAAAGAAGUCAUCAGUGUUAUUUCGCCAAACAUUGUCUGAUGUGCUGAAAGGACAAUAUCUUCAAGAAGUUCCAGAAAGUCUUCUAGAACAUUUAAUUUUACUGUCAACUAAUAUUCAGAGACCAUGGAGGGAAUUCAGUGAGUGUCAAGAAACAAUAAAACAAUAUCUUAGCUUGCAGGCAAAUCACAUAGUACUCCGUUAACGUCUUGUUUAAAGUGCAUAACAUGACUAAUAAGAUAUUUAAUGUUGUUUAAUUGAACACUGAAUGACUAACCAGACUUGUUUAAUGAGCAUUAGAAUAAGUGUUAAUGUUGUUGUUUGAAAUUGUUGUUAUUAAUAAGUUAUAUUUUCCUUUGGAUUCUGCAUCUUUAUUUUUCAUGCUGAAUAAUAAUGGUUUGUUUACCUUA